AUGUUCGGUGUUAUAAGAAACAAGACUAUUCGCCCUUCCUUCUCCGCAUUCAGAUUUUUCUCUUCUUCAGCUAAACAGAUGACAGUGAGAGAUGCUCUUAAUUCUGCACUUGAUGAGGAAAUGUCUGCUGAUUCUAAAGUUUUCUUGAUGGGUGAAGAGGUUGGAGAAUAUCAAGGUGCAUAUAAGAUUACCAAGGGAUUGCUAGAGAAGUAUGGUCCUGAAAGGGUUCUCGACACUCCCAUCACCGAGGCUGGGUUUACUGGGAUUGGAGUUGGUGCUGCUUACUAUGGUCUAAAGCCUGUUGUGGAGUUUAUGACAUUUAACUUCUCCAUGCAGGCAAUAGAUCACAUCAUUAAUUCUGCUGCAAAAUCAAAUUACAUGUCUGCUGGGCAAAUAUCUGUACCUAUUGUCUUUAGAGGACCUAAUGGUGCUGCUGCUGGAGUUGGUGCUCAGCACUCUCAUUGUUAUGCAUCUUGGUAUGGCUCGUGCCCUGGGUUGAAAGUUUUGGCACCAUAUUCAGCUGAAGAUGCCCGUGGUUUACUUAAAGCUGCUAUUAGGGACCCUGAUCCUGUAGUUUUCCUUGAAAAUGAGUUGUUAUAUGGUGAGUCAUUCCCUGUUUCUGCCGAAGUUCUUGAUUCCAGCUUUUGCCUUCCCAUUGGAAAAGCAAAGAUUGAGAGAGAAGGAAAAGAUGUGACUAUUACAGCCUUCUCAAAAAUGGUUGGCUUUGCUCUAAAGGCUGCUGAGAUACUUGAAAAGGAAGGAAUCAGUGCCGAGGUUAUUAAUUUACGGUCAAUCAGGCCACUUGAUCGACCCACCAUCAAUGCUUCCGUAAGGAAAACCAACAGAUUGGUGACAGUUGAAGAAGGGUUUCCUCAGCACGGUGUUGGCGCUGAAAUCUGCACUUCUGUCAUUGAGGAAAGUUUUGGCUAUCUUGAUGCACCGGUUGAGAGAAUUGCUGGCGCUGAUGUUCCCAUGCCUUAUGCAGCUAAUCUCGAGAGAUUGGCUGUCCCACAUGUUGAAGAUAUCGUUCGUGCUGCGAAGAGAGCAUGCCACAGAUCCGUGCCUCUGGCCGCAGCUGCCUAA